AUGUCUGGAAGUCUGUCCGCAUCUCCGGUUUCAUCCGGCUUUUCUAAUGACGCUGCUUCUUCGGACAAUAGAAGUUGGUAAGUUUUAUCUUUAUCACAUUAUCUUUAUCACGAGUAAUAUUGUGAUAAAGACUAUGCAUGUCAAAGCUACAUUUAAUAUUGAGGGUGGGGGGGGGGGGUGUGGGUAAAGCAAAAAUAUUAUAGGAUAGGGCUAAAGCACGCUGAAUGAUAGGGGUAGAUCGGGACAGGACAGGGUGCAGAGGGUAGGGUAAAGAAAGUUAGGGCAAGGCAAGGUAGAGUAGGGUAAGGUAAAGUGAAGUAGAUAGGUUAGGGUGGAGUAAGGGAAUAGGGAAGGGCAUGAUAAGGUAGGCCAGCGCAUUUUAGGAUAAGGUAGGGUUGAAUAGGGUACAGUAAGGUAAUGUAGGGUAAGGUAGUGUAGGGUAGGGUAGUAUAUUAGGUACAAAAAUACGUAGAAUUUCAUUACUUGUUUUUUUCAGCUCUUCACCUUUAUCAGACCGGUCGAUUUCCGUAGAAUCGUUGGUUUCUCUACUCGAUGAUGACAUUGAAUCACUGCCAACAACACCGCCUCCAACUGAAAGUCGUAAAAGAAAGUUUUUCACAAACAUGGACGCUAUAGAUUGUUCUUCAAAACGCGCCAAAUAUGCUUCUGAUGAAGAGAGGGUGGUCAUGUACGGUAGGCUAGGUAGGUUUUGAUUUUUUUUACCCUACUGUACCUUAUCCUACCAUACCCUACGCUACCCUAUCCUACUAAACCAUCAUUUUCAGUACUGAACUGGUACUACGAAGUAAAGAAUCAACUAAAACGAUACGGUACUGACUACGAGAUGCCAAGAAUCCACCUGCCUCGGAUUGUGGCUGAAAAACUGAUAACACAAGACGAUCCUACGGAGAGUAAAGCCACACCCUUAUGUCCACUGCACUUCAAGUGCAGUCGUCACAAAAUACCGUUGAUCCACUUCACAGAAAUCGUCCAAACCUUGAUCAAUGAACGAAUCAUCCAGCUAAAUCGACAACAAGCUGCUAGUAGAAGGGUAGGUUAACUUUUAUAGUGAUUUUUGAUGGUUAUGUUUGCUUUAGCAACGAGAUUUUUAAGUUUAAUAUCUUUUUAAAAAGUGGAAGUUGAGUGGAGAUUUGUAAUGUAAUUUUCACUGAAAAUCUUCCACCAAACUUCUAUUUUGAAAAAAGUCUUAAAAUGGCCUAAAAACACGUUUUUAACACUUUUUUGGGAGUGGAAUUUUGGUGGAAGAUUUGUAAUGUAAUUUGCACUGAAAAUCUUCCACAUAACUUCCACUUCUAAAAACCCUUAAAAAACGUGUUUUUUAGGCCAUUUCAUGACAUUUUAAAAAUGGAAGUUGAGUGGAAGGUUUUCAGUGCAAAAUACAUUACAAAUCUUCCACUCAACUUCCACUUUUUUAAAACGUCAUUUUAAGGCUUAUAAACUAUAUAAUAAUGCGAUAUUCUGAUAGUAACCCACCUUUUCUUUCAGAUAAAGAAAGUAUUCACGGAAGGCCAAUGUGAAACUUGUGACGACCUUCAACUAUUGAUCUACGAACGAGGGAUGGAGGUAUGGCGUAAACUUCAAGCGAUAGCCAGAGAACGGAACGAUGUAGCGUUGUCCAAGUUUUCCUGGAUGCAGUCGAAGGAUGUUGACUUGGAACUGGCAGUGUUUCCAAUUCAGGUCUAUACCCAAUUGGCAUGUGACACCCCGCCGUUGCCGUAUUUGCCCGAAUUCCGCGAUUUUCACUUUAAUUGGCAGUGA